AUGAUCCAUCAGAUGGCACCUUGGGUGCCUCAAUUCAUCCAGUCUUGCAAGAAUCAUACGCAAGCCUUUGUUCCGUUCACGUUCGCGACCGUGGACACGCAGACGAUGAAGCCCAAGUGUCGGACAGUAAUCUUCCGGGACUUUUUAUUCCACGAUAAGCGUAGCAACGUACUGACGUUCACGUCGGACCUGCGGGGGGACAAGGUAAAAGAGAUCCGGGGCAACGGUGAGACUACGGCGCCGUUCGAGGCGUGUUUCUACUUCCCAAAUACGUGGGAACAGUAUCGAUUCAGCGGUGAGUGUUUCGUGGUGUCGCAGCGGGACAUGCCCGCCGUUGUGCAACACUACGCCAGUCAAGAUGCGGGCCUCAUUGCGUAUCCAAUUCUGUCGCCCAGCGUGUGCGGCCACAUCCAAGAGCUCUUGAAGUACGACCGGUGCUCGCACGGCGAGGAGGGCGACGGAAAUGGCAACUGCGCGCACCACGACGAAAGCCAAGACGCCACCCCCGAGGGCCAUGAAACCAACGCUCACAACCACGGCCACACCCACACUCCAGGCGCAGGCGGCGCGGGCGGCGCCCGUGCCAGGCCCAGCGCGCUCGACGCUGACGACGACACUGCACGCGUGCUCUCGCGCACCUCCACACGCAGCUCUGGCUGCACGCCCAAGCGCGACAUCCUCUCGCCAGCCGAUUACAAGCCUCCCUCCGCCCACGAGUGGCAGCUGGAGCUCCAACGCCAAUGGGCCAUUCUAUCUCGCUCCACCAAGGCCCAAUUUCGGAAGCCCGACCCCGGCACCCCACUCACCUCUGGCACCAGCCAGCAACUCGACAAGAUCCAGCGCGGUGUCGACGGCGCCAAUGAGAAUGCCGGUUUCGAUAAUUUCGGCGUCGUGUGUCUGUGCGUCCAUCAAGUCGAUUAUCUCAAUUUGAAAGAUGGCCGUGGCGGCGAACGCUGGAAGUACAACUGCCACCGCGAACCCGGCACACGCCUGGAGACCUGGGUAGAGGAAGAAGUCUGCCCAUGA